AUGGCGACUGAAUCUUCGAGAAUGCCAUCUGAUCCCAAGCUGUAUCUACAAGCAAAUAUACCAUGGAGCGAACCUGCAUGGUACCGAAGUGGCAACUCGGUUUACUUGAAUGCAUCCCAUCGCAAGUUCAGGGACAAUAUACGCAAAUAUGUCGAUAAACACAUACUUCCACAUAGCUUGGAAUGGGAACAAAAGGGCGAGGUUCCACGAUCAGCUGCACUAAGCUACUGCAAAUCUGGAAUUCCUUUCGAGGACGUACCAGAACGGUUUCGACCUGAGGAUGUCCCCAACCUAGCAGAAAUCCCUCAAAACGAGUUAGAUGCCUUUCAUUUCCUUAUUUCGACUGAUGAAAUGGCUCGUGUUGAAGGUGGAGUCUCUAUCGCCCUUGGGGGCGCGUCUACAAUUGGACUACCGCCGGUGCUCCAUCAUGGAACCCAAGAACAAAAGUCUCGUUGGUUUCCAGGACUGUUUUCGGGAUGUGUGAAUUUCUGCCUAGGCAUUACGGAGCCCGGUGGUGGCUCAGACGUGGCUAAUAUUCAAACGACGGCUGAAAAGUCUCCAGACGGCAAGUUCUACGUUGUGAACGGUGCCAAGAAGUGGAUUACAGGCGCUCUAUGGGCAACUCACAUGACUACUGCUGUAAGAACUGGCGGUCAAGGUGCCAAAGGCCUUACAGUCCUUGUAAUCCCCCUCGACAGUCCAGGCGUAUGUCGGAGAAAGAUCUUCAAUAGCGGACAAAAUGCUGGAGGGUCUAGUUUUGUAGAUCUCGAAGAUGUCAAAGUUCCGGUUGAGAACAGACUCGGUUUAGAGAACGAGGGCUUUGGAAUCAUCAUGAAGAAUUUCAACAAGGAAAGGUUUGCACUUGCGGUUGGUUGCAAUCGAAAGAGUCGUACAUGUCUCGCCAUGGCGUUUGCGUAUGCGUUGGAGCGUAAGACCUUCGGGAAGAAGCUGAUUGAGAAUCAAGUCAUAGGGCGCAAACUCGCUGAAAUUGCCCAUCGCAUCGAAGCUCACUGGGCUUGGCUUGAGCAGAUUGCAUUCCAGGUCAAUUCAUCCAGUGCGGGAUGGCAGACACCAAACAUCGCAAGUCAGAUAGCCUUGGCCAAGAUCCAAGGCGGGCAGACGUUAGAACUGGCAUGCAGGGAAGCACAGCAAGUCUUUGGAGGCGCAGGAUAUCAAAAGGGCGGCCGCGGGGCGACGGUGGAGCAAAUCAGCCGCGACCUUCGAAUGUUUGUUGUUGGCGGGGGCAGCGAGGAGAUUCUUACAGAUCUUGCUAUCAGACAGGAGAUAGGGGAUUUCAGCAAACUGGCAAAACUUUAA